CUGAGGUUACUGCAGCCAGCGUGCGCUGAAGCUGCUGCUAACAUCUCGAUAGGAUCAGUGCGGUGUGCAUCGAGCCACGGGGGCUCUGUCUGACCACCCCUCUCUCAGUGUCUCUGUUAUACACAUACACACACGCACACACAGCUGGAUCACCCCAUUCCGCUCUGUGUCCCAGCCAUGCUCUGAAAGACCCCGUCUUCUCUUCCCCCCGCCAUACCCCGUCUCUGCCUGGCGUGUAACACACACAGGCACACACUACUCUUCACCCAUGGCUUUGGUGAUGGAACCCAUCAGCAAGUGGACGCCCAAGCAAGUGGUGGACUGGAUGAAAGGACUCGAUGACUGCCUCCAACAGUAUAUAAAAAACUUUGAAAGAGAAAAGAUCAAUGGAGAUCAGCUUUUACACAUCACACAUCAGGAGCUGGAGGAGUUGGGUGUCACACGCAUUGGCCAUCAGGAACUUAUCUUGGAAGCAGUUGAUCUGCUCUGUGCAUUGAACUACGGAUUAGAGACUGAGAACCUCAGAACACUUUCCCACAAGCUGAAUGCUUCAGCCAAAAACUUACAGAAUUUCAUAACGGGCAGGCGGAGGAGUGGCCAUUAUGAUGGCAGGGCUUCCAGAAGGCUGCCAAAUGACUUCCUUACCUCGGUGGUUGACCUCAUCGGUGCUGCUAAGAACUUAUUGGCCUGGCUGGACAGAUCUCCAUUUGUUAGUGUGGCGGAAUACUCACUUCUGAAAAAUAACAUUGUUCAGCUGUGUCUGGAAUUAACAACAAUCGUGCAACAGGACUGUACAGUCUAUGAAACCGAAAAUAAGAUUCUCCACGUGUGUAAAACAUUAUCUGGGAUCUGUGAUCACAUCAUCUCACUGUCAUCGGACUCCCUCGUGUCACAGUCUGCACACCUUGAAGUUGUCCACCUAACAAAUAUCAUGCCCAGUGAGGGCUUGGGUAUGUACAUCAAGUCAACCUACGAUGGCCUACAUGUCAUCACAGGAACUACAGAAAAUUCCCCUGCAGACCAGUGCAAGAAGAUUCACGCAGGCGAUGAAGUGAUUCAAGUCAACCAUCAAACUGUGGUGGGCUGGCAGCUGAAGAACCUCGUCAACGCACUCAGGGAGGAUCCCAGUGGGGUGAUACUGACUUUGAAAAAACGACCACAGAACACACUCACUUCUGCCCCUGCACUGCUGAAAAAUGUGAGAUGGAAACCUUUAGCCCUGCAGCCUGUUAUUCCAACAAGUCCUACCAGUAGCUCCACAACACCAACAAGCACCAUUGGCAUGUCAUCAAAGUAUGAUAGUUCUACACUUCAUGACGUCUUUAUUCUAUCUCCCCUUUCAGGAAUCUACGGUCCCAGGGAUGAGUUGGGGAUAUUGCCUUGUGACGACAUUGGCAAAUAUGGGAUAGCCAAGUCUGGGAUUAAGGGCUCCGAAUCAUCUAGCUACUACCUGGACCAUGAAAGUGGAAAAUAUUACACAUUAAUGGAGGGAGAAGGUCUACCCUUGAGUUCUGAAUACGAAAGAGGGAGAGCAACUGGUAUCCGGAGAAGGGAGAAAACAUCUACUCAUGAGGAUUCGCUUCUACGGUAUCUGAAUGAUGAUAAGAUUCUGAUCAUUCAAGAGGAACCUAUGACACAGAGAGAGAGCAAGAGAGAUACAGGCAGGAGUUCAAGGAGAAAGAAGAAUCCAGGAAGUCCCAGCUACCCUAUUAGCCCCUCUGUAUUGACAGCCCCUGUGAGACUUGACCCCACCUCUCAGGAUAUCUUGAAUUUUCCACUGCCUGAAAGCAAUACGGUACCCCUCUAUCACCGAGCAGGGGAUUCUAUUGUUGGGGAGACUGAAAGGUAUGCAAGUGCUGGCAUUGACAGGGGACAAGGUGGCACAGCAAUGAGGAAGUCUUUUCAUUAUGCUUCUUUGAGAUCGAAAACCAAAAAGAAACCAAAAGGUUCUCUAACUGGUGGCAGCAGGAGACGUAUUUCCUGCAAGGACUUAGGACAUGGAGACUGUGAAGGCUGGCUGUGGAAGAAGAAAGAUGCCAAAGGAUACUUCACUCAGAAAUGGAAGAAAUAUUGGUUUAUUCUGAAAGAAGCUUCACUCUAUUGGUACACAAAUCAAAAUGAUGAAAAGGCUGAAGGAUUCAUCAGCUUGCCGGAGUUCAGGAUAGACAGAGCUAUUGAAUGCAGACGGAAAUAUGCCUUCAAGGCUUGCCAUCCAAAAAUUAAGAGCUUCUACUUUGCAACUGACUGCUUGGAAGAAAUGAACAGGUGGAUGAACCGACUGGGAUUAGCUGCUAUCGGGUAUGCUCCUGAUGAUAAAGUGACCAGACUGGAUGAAGACUACUGGAGUGAAAGUGACCAAGAGGAUGCCAAUGAUCCUUUAACAGUAAAAGCAGAGGGCCAUUCAGCAGUGUGUGACACAUACCCUCGGACACCAUCGGUUAAUUCUUCGAGUCCCUACCCGGAACCUAAGCAUGGACGUCAUUUCUCAAGUGAGUCAACAUACUCGCAUUCAUCUGCUGAGGAUUCACGGCACGAUGCAUCAGGAAGCACCCAUUCAUCUGGCUGUAGGUCUUCCUACAGAGAGAGGCGGUCAUGGCAGGACCUGAUUGAAACCCCGCUAACUAGCUCAGGGUUGCACUUCCUGCAGACUGUCCCUCUGGAAACGGAUUAUAUCGCGGACAGGACAGGACUAAUGUCACCCGAGAGAAGACGGCAGGCAACGUUACCCGUUCAGAGGCGCCACAACCGUGACAGCGAUGGGCCUUUUCCAUUGGUGGAAUGUGAGCGGGGACCUGGAUCUCACAGUAGAGGAUGUAAACAACGUAGCCAGAGUCUCCCAAGGAAUAGGGAAGGAAGAAUGAAAGGGCAGGCACCGGCUUCUGGGCUCACUGAAGAGAGGUCCGAGGACGAUGAGAUCCAAUGCAUCAAGCAAAAUGGCGCAAAUAAACAAGAAAGUACAGCAGAAGACAGAAGAUCUACCGACGGGCUACAGGAGCUGUACAGGUCCCUGGAGCAGGCCAGUCUGUCUGCAAUCGGAGAGCAACGCCCUUCCACCAAACAAGAAUUCAGAAGGUCUUUUAUAAAAAGAUGUAAUGAUCCAGUUGUCAAUGAAAAGUUGCACCACAUUAGGAUGCUGAAGAGUACACUAAAGGCGAAAGAAGGAGACUUGAUGACUAUCAACCAAAUUCUCGAAGAACCCUACUUAACAUCCAAAAGAUUUAGAGAGUGGAAACGGCUGAAUCAUGAGUUUUUCUUGGACAUUUGUGGGUACAGUGCAGUUAUGAAGCCACAGAAUGGUGCAUCUGAACUGGUAUUACCAGCACCACUGUUGACACACACUCACUCAUUCAUCGAAACUCAUGUGUAAACCAAUUUGUAAUUGCAGCAUACUGCCCGACGGACAGCAGUCUCUCCAUGCUAUCACAUCUUUAGCAUCUACAUUGUAUAUUUGUACAUAAUAUAUUCAGAAGUAUUCUUGUACAUAAAUUGGAUAACAGAAUAGUGUCACAGGAUGCCUAAUAUCUGCAUGAGAUCACAUCUGUAUUCUUCCCAACUUUUGUUUUUGUUUUUGUCGACCAAUACAAUGAGCUUUCAAUCUUGCAUUGAAAGAACAGGUAGUGGUGUUUAUAGAAAUUAUAAUUGCACACAUACCGUACAUGUUGUAUUGAAAAAAAAGCUAAGCUUUUAGUUAACGGCACCUAUAUGUUCUGACAAUUUUAUAUUGACAACUUAAUUCAUCCCAUCAAAAUGAAUAAUGCUGGUGACAAGUGGUUGAUAACAAUCUCUGGUGAACCAGAGGGGAAUGUCUUAAUCUCCUCACAGUUUUAGGUGAACAUUCAUUUUUACGUAAGCAUUGAACAUACAAAUUGCUGAAUGUAUGUAAAGUAUGUAAAGUUUUGCUAGUGUAACACUGAAUGAACAAGAGUAAUUUUUGAUGUCCCUUUGAAAACAACCAGCUUUUAUUAAAAUUAUAGCUAAAAGCUGUAUAUGAAAAUGACUAAAAAUAUACAAGUAUUGAUAUUUAUAUAUGACUCCCUGCUCACGAUUUUUUAUACGAUUGCUUGUUAAAAGAAAUACAUUGACUCAAAACUUAUAUACCUGAGGCCCAGAAGCAGGUGGAUGAACGAUUGACAGAUUCAAAGUGAUUCACUGAAAUGUCAUGUUCAAGUUUUGUACUGUUAUUAAUUGUGUAAUAAAGCUGACAGAACUUGCUUCUGGCACCCAGGAUAAGUACUCUAACUAUAUGCAAGUAGACAGAAGACUUGUUAGACCACACUGUACCUUUAAAAAAAACACAGUAGUAAGGUUUAUCUAAAUACAUUAUUCUGUUGUCAUUUAUUGUCUUUAUUGCUUGCACUUUACCUGCACCAUUAACUGUAGGCUGAGGGGAAGGAGUGUACUGAAACUGUGAUAAUGUUCAUUUGGGUCACUUAAUGUCAAUUGACUUCCUUAUCAGUGUUUAAAGACUUUGUUGAGUCUUUUGAGCCAUGCAAAUUCAAGAAUGUAAAUUUGGUAAAUUUUUGAUUUGAAAUCCAUGGAUAGUAUGUAUCAGUUACUGACAGAAUUUAUGUCACCUCUUUUCACUUUCUAUGACUUGAAGGUUUUUGCCAUAUGUAGGUUUCCAUUGUAUGUUUCUCCACUGUGUGUAUACCUCACGGUACAUUACACAUAUGUAUGAGUUGUCAGUUGCACUGCAACAAUAAAAAGAAAAAUUUAACAUUUUUUUGCAAUGCUAUGGUUAACUAUUAACAUGUGUUCUGUGCAUCAUUGGAAGCAAUUAUUCCUCAUGAUUAAAAGGUAGUCUUUUUUGAACAAGUUGUAAGCCUGAGUUGUAAAACUUUUGACUUCAUUAAA